AUGAAUGCUGGCAGCAUGCUUAACACAUGCAAGUCAAAUGGAAAAUGGUGUUUCCAGCGACGGACGGGAGAGNUAAUCCUGCGACGGCGGCGUAAGCUGCCGGUGAUUCGCCUGGGAGGCAGCGCCAGCGACAAGCCAAAGAGAGGGAUGUUUAUAGUAAGAAUGGUGAGAAGGAUGAGGCUGCGGUGGCUGAAGCUGCGUUACGUUCGAAUGAUAAAGAAGCUCAAACAGUAUUAUCGAGACAUGGUGAAGGAUUUCAUGGACGCAAGUGCAAGUUUGGAAUCGUUUCAACAGAGAGCUCUAGCUGAGGCCAGCUUCGCUUCUCUCGGUUUAGCUUUCACCACUUUCCCUUCUAUGGCGGUGGCCGGAGCAGCCGCAGAUCAUGGCGAAAUGCGACAAAAGGAAGGAAAAUCCAUGGAUUGAUCCCAUUGUCUCCACCCCGUAGGAACUACAAGAUCACCCCAAUGACGCCUUCUGUAUCUGGGGGUCUCCACCCCGUAGGAAUUACGAGAUCACCCCAAUGACGCCUUCAGUAUCUGGGGGUUGCGGACCGACCGCAAGCUAGGAAAAAUUUAUAAGAUAAUAAAAGGACCGACCGUAAGCUAGGAAAAAUUUAUAAGAUAAUAAAAGAAUAUAUAUAUAUAUAUAUAUAACCAUUCAAUCAAUCCUCAUAUUACUUCAGAUCCCAGAUAUUACAGGAAUAACUGGAUCAACAGCGAUCACUAUGCAAUCACAGCGCUCAAUCGCAAGAAUAUCAAAAUUGCGAUUCAUAUCAAUUGUAAUCCCCUUAAUUUUGUUAUUUUCUUUGUAUAAAUUUUGUAUAUAAACUCCUUCAAAUGAUAAGGAAGGGGUUACGAAUUUUACAUAAGAACUGUAUUGUAAGCUCUCACAACAAAUACAAAAACA